AAUCAAGCAAUCAAACAUGAAUGAAUGUUUUGACUUGCACAUGUUUGUGUUUUGUUAAUCCAUGUGUAAAUCCCUUUAUUUAUUUUAAUUAUUUAUUGCUUGUAUAGUAACAUUGGAAACUGUUAUUGCUAUAUGCCAUAUUUUUAAAUAUUCUGACUGCUUAAAUUUAAAUAUAACUAUUAUGAAUUUAGCACCUUUUCGCUCCUGUUUACAAAAUCCAUUCCUUGUAAAUUUAUGUCGUCGUAUGAGUUCGAGUGUAAAUAAUUUUACAAAUCGAACUCACACAUGCGGUGAGUUGAAUGCAAGUCAUGUUGGAGAAGAAGUGACAUUAUGUGGAUGGACGACUUUUGAAAGAUGUGAUAAGUUUAUCAUUCUACGAGAUAAAUAUGGUUUUACCCAAAUCAUUUUUAAUGAAAUUGAGAAUUUGUCCAAAAAGUUUGUGAAAUCAUUGCCUUUGGAAUCUGUAAUUCAAGUGAAAGGAAUAGUCAAAAAACGACCUCCAAAAGAUUUUAAUAAACGACUGCCAACAGGAGAAAUUGAGGUAGAAGCCAAAGACAUUAAACUUCUUAAUGCCAGCAUUCCAAGACUGCCAAUCACUUCUAAAGAUCAGGAAAAGAUCAAUGAAACAACUAACUACAAAUACAGAUAUUUAAGUUUACGUUCUUCUAAACUUCAAGAAAAUUUAAGAAUACGUUCCAGUGUACUAAUGAAAAUGAGAGAGUUUCUUCACAAUCAACAUGGUUUUGUUGAUAUUGAAACACCUACUCUCUUCAAGAGAACACCAGGGGGAGCAAAAGAAUUCAUUGUGCCUACUAAAUUUCCAGGGAAAUUCUAUUCUUUAGUCCAGAGUCCACAACAGUUUAAACAGUUGCUGAUGAUUGGAUUGUUUGAUAGGUAUUUCCAAAUUGCCCGCUGUUACAGAAAUGAAGGCACAAAAGCUGAUAGGCAACCUGAGUUUACUCAAGUAGACAUAGAGUUAUCUUAUACAUCUGCAAAAGAUAUUCAAAAUUUAAUAGAACAGCUUAUAAAAUACAGUUGGCCAGUUGAAAAAGGUGAGGUUCAAAUACCUUUUAAGAGCAUAAAGUAUGAAGAAGCUAUGCAUUAUUAUGGAACUGAUAAACCAGAUCUUCGCUAUGAUAUGAAGUUGAAAGAUGUAACAGAUGAAUUGAAGAAUUCUGAAUUGAAAAUAGCUUCAGAAUCUAAACAUGAUCCAGAGUUCAUGGCUUCUUGUUUAGUGGUACCCAAUGGAACUAAAUUUAUUAAAAGUCGUGAAAAGAAGGAAAUCCACAUGCUUGCUGAUUCAUUGCCAUUUUCAGAUAUAUCUGUGAAAGAAGAUCUUUCUUGGUCUUCAGCUAUCUCAAAACACUUAAGUAUUGAAGUUCAACAAAGAAUCAGUAGCAAACUGUCUUGUGUACCUGGUGAUUUGAUACUUCUAGCAGCUGGAAAAAGAAAGCAUAUUCUGACCUUUUUAGGAAAAGCAAGAGUCAAAAGUGCUGAAUAUCUGUUAUUGAAAGGUGCAGAUAUUAUGCAAUCUGAUGUUUUAUCCUUUGUAUGGGUUACAGACUUUCCCCUUUUCCUACAAGAUGAUAAUGGUACAUUAGAAUCAGCUCACCAUCCAUUUACUGCACCUCAUCCUGAUGAUAUUGAAUUAGUAUAUACCACUCCCCUUAAGGCUAGAAGUCAACAUUACGAUUUAGUUUUGAAUGGCCAGGAAAUAGGUGGAGGCUCUAUUCGCAUACAUGAUGCAAAUCUUCAAAAAUAUGUCUUAGAAGAAGUACUGAAGGAAGAUUCAAGUGAACUGCAACAUUUGUUAGAUGCCUUAAGUAGUGGGUGUCCACCACAUGGCGGCAUAGCUCUAGGAAUAGACAGAUUGCUGUCUUUAAUGUGUGGCUGUCGAUCUAUAACAGAAGUGAUAGCUUUUCCCAAAUCACUGGAUGGAAAAGAUCUCAUGUCUGGAGCUCCAUGUCCUAUAUCGGCUGAGGAUAAAAAGCUGUAUCAUAUUGAACCUGUUCUUCCAGAUAAUGAGAAAACCGAACAGUCUUCAAUUAUAAAAUAAGAAAAAAUUUUUUUUACCCAAUAUAUAUUAUUUUCAUUCAUCUUUAAUAAUAAAGGCAAAAGUGUGUAUGUUCUAUAGAACAUGUCGUUGAAUCUAAAUCUAA